GGUCCUUUCCCUUGAGAGUAUCCACUGCACAAAGAACUUCAUCUAUUUCACAUGAAAGAUCUCAGCUGACCUAAGGUGCCUCAGUCAGCAGCAAAAAGAGGUGUAGCAUUCACUCUUCUGACGGGCUGGAACUUUUCUGAUAUAAAUAAUCAGUGAAAACUCUAUUGCUUAAGUAUGUCAAAUCAACGAGCUUCAAAUGUCAGAAGCAUUCAGGCAAAUAUCAACAUCCCAAUGGGAGCACUUUUGCCUGGUGCUGGCCAACCUCCUAAAAGAAAAGAAUCUACUGAACCCGAAGAGAAUCUUCCAACUCCACCUCAAGAAGAAAAGAAAAAGACUCUCCCAGGAGCCAAGAAGUUACCAGGCCCAGCAGUUAAUCUUUCAGAAAUCCAGAAUGUAAAGAGUGAAUUGAAAUUUGUUCCAAGAUUUGAACAGUAAAAGAAAUGAAAUCGUAUGUAGAAUAUAUGAUUCCUACCACUCCCUGUGUGCUGAACCGAAGGAAAAUUACUUACAUGCAUAGGACUGCUUCCGAAGAUGAAUGAGAAACUGAAACCCCAUAUUUAUUCCUCUACAAUAUAAAUAAUAUGUCUGCGUGGAUUAACUAAAGCUAUCUCAGGAGGUUAUAUACUUCAUUAAAACCAAUGUUUUCAUUUUCAAAAUAAACUUUGACAUAAGCAGUAUGAGUUGCAAAGAAACAGUAUGAGAGGUGAGGUUCAGUUCUGACAAUGUGCAUCUGGUGUGCUUACCAAUAUGAUCCUACUUGUAAUGUAAUUUUCAAAUUAAAAUAGUCUGUUCUCUUUCUCCCA